AACAUUGGAGCGUUGGAAAUGGCUAUAGAAUGACCGGAGUCUGUAUAUUCCAGAUUAAGCCAGUUCUUAACUCCUAUAAAAUCAUGGUGGAAUUUGACAAAGAAACUUACCACAUGACGGAGUGGACAAUGGAUAUUGAAGAUCAACAGUCAAAUGGGCUAUGGUAUUACUUAAAAAGUAGAUGGCCUGAGAGGCAAAAUGAAAUUAGAUUGAGGUUUCACGUUGACUUUUAUUCUCUUCCUAUGCCAACUGGAACGUGUAAAAUUGAUAGAAAUGGUCAAACUCCGACACCCAAACCUUCAACUGCAAUGCCAACACCAACUUCCAAAGCACCCACUCAGCAACCUUCGACCGCAGCGCCCACACAAAAACCUUCAACUGUUGUACCAACACAAAAAUCUUCAACUGCAGCGUCAACACAGCAACCUUCAUCAGCAGCGCCGACACAAAAACCUUCAACUGCAGCACCAACACAACAACCCUCAACCGCAGCGCCAACACAGAAACCUUCAACCGCUGCACCAACACAGCAACCUUCUACUACUCAAGCACCUACAGGUGGGUAA